GCAACGGGGCGAGAGUCGCCAGCGCAGUGUGGAGCGUGGUAACGUCAAAGGUUUAUCGGAAUGAGACAAAUGUAAACUAUUUCUCGCAGUGGGAGUGUUACCCCCUAUAACUUAAUUCAACCCAUCACCCAUUCUGCGAGUACAAAGUAGAGAGAACAUGGAGGUUACCAGCUUAAGGAACGUUCUUUGGUUUGGUCAGCUCUUGCUUCUCUGUCAAAUAGCUGACCUGGUGCAAGGAUAUGGCUUUAGAUCACAGAAAAAAUUCACAGAGAACAUAGACUGGUCUUAUGCAGGAACUCUGAACCAAAACAACUGGGCAAAGAAGUACCCAUCAUGCAACAAUGCCAAGCAGUCACCCAUUAACAUCGAUGAGAGCUUGGCACAGGUCAAAGUUCAGUUCCAAAAGCUAAACCUUCAGGAUUGGGAUCAGAUGACGUCCAGCAGGACAACCGUUAAGAACGACGGGAAGACUGUGGCCAUAGAAGUUGAUGGAAAUUUCCUCAUCAGUGGAGGAGGCCUGCGAUCCACAUUUAAAGUGGGGAGGAUCACCUUCCACUGGGGCCGAUGCAACGCCACCUCAGACGGCUCAGAGCACAGUCUAAAUGGCAUCAAGUUUCCCCUGGAGAUGCAGAUCUACAGCUAUGAGGAGGGGAGCUAUAAAUCCUUGGACCAGGCCCUGAGGGAAGGAGGCAGAAUCACCGCCUUGGCCGUCAUGUUUGAGACAAGUGUUGAAGACAACGACAACUAUGUGGCUAUAAUAGAAGGUGUCAACAGUGUUAGCCGCUAUGGUAAAAGUAGUGAGCUUAGCCCCUUCUCUCUGCUGGGCCUCCUGCCUAACUCCACAGAGAAGUACUUCAUUUACAACGGCUCUCUCACUACACCGCCCUGCUCAGAGACAGUAGAGUGGAUUGUCUUUAAAAACACCGUCGCCAUCUCUGACAUACAGCUGGAGGCCUUCUGUGAGGUGAUGACUAUGCAACAGGCGGGGUAUGUAAUGCUGAUGGACUACCUGCAAAACAACUUCAGAGAGCAGCAGGAGCAGUUCAUGGGACAGGUGUUCUCUUCUUACACUGGCACAGAGGAGGUGCCCACGCCCAUCUGCAGCUCAGAGCCCGAGAACGUCCAGGCGGAACCGCACAACUACACCAGCCUGCUGGUGAUCUGGGAGCGGCCGCGAGCUGUGUAUGAUGCCAACAUUGAGAGGUACUCUGUCACCUACCGCAUGACACAGAGGGAUGACACACCCGGCAUAGAGUACCUGACCGAUGGAGACCAGGAUGUGGGGGCGAUUCUCCAGGACCUGAUGGCCAACACCAGCUAUGUGAUACAGGUUGUGGCGGUGUGCACCAAUGGUCUAUACGGCCGCAUGAGCGACCAGCUGAUCGUGGACAUGCCUGUGGAUGACCCUGAGACAGACCCUGAUCCUGAUGAAUCAUUUGACUUUGAAGAGGACUACCAGCCCAACCCAUUUGGGGUCAAGCCCAGUGAUGUGCCUGUCAGAAUCAUUACAACCUCUCCCUCACUGACCACAACACCCAGUCAGGCCACCACCCCACAGCUCACUGGACUCAGUGUCCAAGGAGAGGGGCGCAGGGGCCAGAGCUCUCCAAAGCGACCCGACCUACAGCCCAUCCUCACCACCGCCCCACCAGCAGAGGGCAGUAGCAGCCCUGGAGACCCAGAGGUCCCCGUCGUUGAGAUCCUUAGUUCUAGCACGCGUGCUUACACUCCAGUGACCACAUCUACUUCCAACAUGUUUGAAGUUACGACUACAACUGCCACUGUGGACGUGAAAGAAGCGGCUGUCCCGGUUACUGCUUCCGGAGGAGGCAGCGGUCAGCACACCACAGUGAUUCCACUAGAGAUUCCAAUGGUGGUCACUCCCAUGUCCUCGUACCCUGAUGUCUCUCUCCGGCCCACUAGCCGUGGUGCAUAUCUCCCCACCACCACCACCACCACCACCACCACUGCUGCCUUCGGCCGCGUCCCCCUGAGGAGCACCCAGCCGGUGUUUAAUGGUGAGAGCCCAGCUCCUGCACUGCCCUCUCUGUGUGGCCCCUCGGCCCCCUCCCCCUGUCUGCAUGCCAGCCCUGUGUCUGCGCCGCCUCCCCCCAGUACUGUGCCAGUCUUGUCCAAGUCCCCUCCCAGUCAGGAGCUCCUGCAUGACCUCUCUGUGCUGCUGUCCCGUGACGCCACUGUCCCCUCCACCUCCACCACUGCCCACCCCCUCCUACCCUCCAACCCCUCCCCCCCUCCUUCUUCCCCCCCCGUGUCUCUCGGGUCAACAGGCCUGAUUUCCAGCUGUAGUUGUGGUGAUGACAGAGGUGGUGCUGUUAAGGAAGGGGAUGAUGUUUGUGGUGAGGCCAUGUCUCUGGGUUCCUCUACGCUGCUCCUGGGUGUUCCGCCGGUAACGUAUCACGAGACUCUCCCACUCCACACGUCACUCGACCCCUCUGCCGUGGGGGCGCAGUGGCCUGACUCAGACAGGCUUUCUCUUCUUCCCUCUUCGCCUCUGGCCACUGCAUUCGCACUGAGCUCUCUCACGUCCCUCCAGCCGUCCCUCCCACUGUCCAGUGACUCCCUGGCGGAGGCUGCGUCCCUCUCCGGCAGCCUGGGGGACUCGAUGGCGGAGUGGGCGGACUCGUCCGUGCUAGCCCUGCAUGCCCCCAGUGGGAGCCCUCUGCAUGCCUCCUCUCUCUUCCAGCUGCUCUCCAGCCUGCCUGCAGGCGGCGACUCGAGUGGCCCGCCGCUCUACUCCUCCACUAGUCUUCUAGAACCUUCUUCUCUGUCUUUCUCUUCGGCCUCCGGCGCUGAGCCCCAGCUGCUGUCUCUGUCCACUGCUGCUCCUCUCUGUGGCUCCCAGGCCUGUAGUGACCCGCUUGUUUCUGUUGCAGCCACCAGCCCUGUGUACAGCCAGACCCCCCCACCCCUGGGCGCCUCCUCCACACCUCCCACCCCCUCAGCCCCGCUCCCCCCCGCCUCGCCCUCUCAGGCUCUGGGCCCGGGGGCCCCGCUGGCCACGGAGGGGCCGCUGGAGAGCAGCGCUUCUGGCUGGGCCCCCGUGGACCAGGAGUGGGAGCGGGGCCAGGCCUCGGCCUCAGCCUCAGGUGAGGAGAGCACGCUUCCCUACCCCUUCCCCUCCGCACCUCCCUCCCCUGCCAGCGCCCACGAGGAGCCGGACGACAGCGACGACGGCCACUCCUCCUCGUUCUACUUCGAGAACGAGAGCGUGACCGAGAGUGCCAUCACCACGGUGAUGAGUGGGCAGGCUUGGGCCGCGGGGGUGGGGGACGAGGAGAGCGGCUCGGGGCAGGAGAGCCUGACCGACAGCGAGACGUCCUCGGAUUUCAGCAUUCCCGAGCGAAUCGAGAGGGACUCAGAGGAGGAGGAGGAGGAGCCAGUAGCAGAGGCCAGUAACAGUAGCCAUGAGUCUCGGGUGGCUUUGGCAGGCAGUUUGGAUCGCCAAAGGAAAGCAGUGGUGCCAUUGGCUGUGGUGUCCACCCUCACACUGGUUGGGUUAAUUGUACUUGUGGGCAUCCUCAUCUACUGGAGGAAGUGUUUUCAGACCGCUCAUUUUUACAUAGAAGACAGCACAUCACCAAGAGUUGUGUCCACACCACCUUCACCCUUAAUGACCCCCACAGAUGAGCACCAGGCACUCUCAGUGAAGGAUUUUGUCAAACAUGUAGAAGAGCUUCACAAUACAAAUUCUUUUUCUCGUGAAUUUGAGAUACUGAAAGAGUAUUUUGAGGAAGUCCAGGCAUGCUGUGUAGAUCUGGGAACAACGGCAGACAGCUCAACCCACCCAGACAACAGGAAUAAGAAUAGAUACAUCAACAUCAUAGCCUAUGACCACAGCCGUGUCAGAUUAUCACCUCAACCUGAUAAGGAUGGGAAGACUGCUGGGGAUUAUAUCAAUGCUAAUUUUGUGGAUGGGUUCAACAAGCCAAGAGUCUACAUUGCUGCUCAAGGCCCACUAAAGUCCAGUACGGAGGACUUCUGGAGGAUGGUAUGGGAGCAGAAUGUAGGGGUUAUUGUCAUGAUUACCAAUCUGGUGGAGAAGGGUCGGAGGAAGUGUGAUCAGUACUGGCCAGUGGAGAGUCAGGAGGAAUAUGGCUGUUUCUUGGUGACUGUGAAGAGCACCAAAGUCCUGGCCUACUACACAGUCAGAACCUUCACACUGAGGAACACAACCGUCAAGAAGGGUUCCCAGAGGGGCCGCUCCAAUGAGAGGGUGGUAGUACAGUACCAUUACACUCAGUGGCCUGACAUGGGAGUCCCCGAAUACUGCCUGCCUCUCCUCUCUUUUGUCCGAAGGUCUUCCCAGGCGUGGAGAAAGGACAUGGGGCCUGUGCUGGUGCACUGUAGUGCUGGGGUGGGAAGGACAGGAACGUACAUAGUCCUGGACAGCAUGCUGAAACAGAUCAAAGAGCAGGGGACUGUCAAUGUCAUGGGAUUCCUGAAACACAUCCGAACCCAAAGGAACUACUUGGUGCAGACUGAGGAGCAGUACGUGUUUAUUCAUGAUGCUCUGAUGGAGGCCAUCUGGAGCAAAGACACUGAGGUGCCCAGCAGCUGCAUCCAUAACUACGUCAACGAGCUCCUGACGCCCGGGCCCUCAGGCAAGACACAGCUCGAGAGGCAGUUUAAGCUGGUGAGCCAGUCAUGUGCCAAGCAGUGUGACUACACGACAGCCCUGAACCAGGGGAACAGGGAGAAAAACAGAAGCUCCUCUUUAAUCCCCAUUGAAAGAUCCAGAGUGUGUCUCAGUACAGCAGCUGGAGAAACUUCAGAGUACAUCAAUGCCUCGUAUAUCAUGGGGUAUCGCCGGAGCAAUGAAUUCAUUGUGACCCAGAAUCCCCUGCCUGCUACCGUAAAGGACUUCUGGAAGAUGAUUUGGGAUCAUAAUGCCCAGGUCAUCGUUACACUGCCCAAUAUGGUGAGCUUUACACAAGAAGCUGAGCCGUUCAUUUACUGGCCCCGCCGAGACCAACCAAUCAGUUAUGAUACAUUCACGGUCACCUUCAGGGGGGAGAACCAUGUCUGCUUGUCCAAUGAGGAGAUGCUUAUAGUGCAGGAGUACAGCCUGGAGGCCACGCAGGAUGAUUAUGUGGUGGAGGUGAAGCACUACAGUUGUCCUCACUGGCCCAACCCAGACAGCCCCAUCAGCAACACGUUGGAGCUGAUCAGCAUCGUGAGAGAGGAGAGCAACUCCAAAGAUGGCCCUGUGGUCGUGCAUGAUGAGUGUGGUGGUGUGACUGCCGGAACCUUCUGUGCGCUGUCUUCUCUGGUGAGACAGCAGGAAGCAGAGGAGUCUGUGGAUGUGUACCAGGUGGCCCGGAUGACCAACCUCAUGAGACCUGGUGUAUUCACUGAGAUUGAGCAGUACCAGUUUCUGUACAAAGCCAUCCUGAAUCUGGUGAGCACCCAGGACGACGAGAAGAUGCUCCAGUCUGCUGACAACAACGGGACAGUCCCAGGAGGCUUGGCCUGUGCUGCCGAGAGUCUGGAGUCCCUUGUGUAACCAUGGUAACCAGCCUACACUCCUGAGAUAGAUCUUUUUUUCUCCCCUCCCCCUGAAGCCCCCGUCCCUCAACCAACUUCCAUGACUGUGCUCCACAGAUGGAUGGGAAGCAGUCUUGGAGUGUGUGCCUUGUAUAUUUACCUUGUGCUUGUAAUGGCCGAUACAUUUUUUUUUGUUACAAAAGACUAAACCCCCCAAAACGUGAUGUUUUUCCUGUUAACUUCUUACUAACUAUUUCUAGAUUUUCACACUUACUGGCUUUCAUCUUAAUAAAAAAGGGAAAACAGGAUUUUUACAGAGAAUUAUUUUGUUAGUCUAUUUUGUAGUGACCACGGAUGAGCCACAGCUUUUUCACACAAAAAAUUGUAAAUACAAAGUGGUUAUGUUGCUUUAUGUUUGAAAGUGGAUUAAGAUAAGGAGGAAUAAUGUUCUAAUAUGUAAAUAGUACCAUAGAAACCAAUAAACGGACCAAAUUUCUAUUUAUAUGUUAGAUUUUUAUAUUUUACGACUGUAAAACCUCUAGUGAUUUGCCAUAUGGUGAAGUUCUAAUACUUUAGUUGAAAUCAUUUGAACUAUGUUGACAUGUUUCUGACAUUACAAGAUUUUGUACUUUGUUUAAGACUUGACAUGGUGUACUGACACUUAGUUCUAUGUCAAUACAAUGGCACUGCCUAUGAAAUGUGGCAGAUAGGUAGAAUUAAACAAACAAAAAAAGAAAGAAAGAAAAAUAAAAACAAAACCAGCUAUGGCUUGGCUGUCUUUUUUAUAUAUUUCUAACACACACAACAAAUAUGAAACAUGAACAGCUAUGGAAACAUCGAUGGUGAAAGUAAUGAAAAAUGUAACAUUUUUGUAACGUAACAUUUUGCAUGUUUCAACCCCCCUCAAAAGAACCCUAAAAUCAUAAUAAACAGACUUCCUUGCUUUGCAUUCA